AUGACAAGUGAAGAGGACGCUGGAGAUGUAGCAGUCACUGUGGGGAACGCAAAAGAGGAAGAAUGCAACGUAACCGUAAUGGAGAAACGAAAAAAAAAUUGCAAAAAAUUGUCAAGUGAGCAAAAGGACACACAUUCGGGUGAGCGUACAGAACAGUUCCACGUGAAAAAUGGGGAAGGGAUCCACCAAGAGACAUUGCCACAUGACCACGCAGAGGAGGAUGAAAAAAAGAAGAAAAAACAAGAGAGAAAACAGAAUGGUAGAUAUCCCCUCCUCACAGUAAACAAGGAGACAAAACCAACGGAUGAUGAUCUGGAAAAGAACCAAAUGCUCACAACAGACGAAGCGACAGACAGCUCCGAGGAAACACCUCCAAAGGGAUGCCUGCCGAAAGGGGAAAAAAAAUAUUCCCUCGCGUUGAAAAGUAUAAUUAGAACAAGGGAUGGUACGCACACGCGCGACGCGAACACGGAUAAGUGGAGAGAAGGGCAUAGAAGUCUCAGCGAUGGAAGUCUCAGCGAUGGAAGUCUCAGCGAUGGAAGUCUCAGCCGUGGAAGUCUCAACCGUGGAAGUCUCAACCGUGGAAGUCUCUACGAUGGAAGCCCCAGUAGCGGAAGCCGCAAGCACAGAAGCUACAGUUACUUCGCAUACAACCCGCGGAGGGACGAAAUUGUAAAUGUAGAGAUGCACUCACAUGUUCUAAUGGACGAGUCGAAUGACAAUAGCGCCGCCGCAGGGCCCUCCAGCGUGGAGAAAAACUCGUGUGUAGAGGCCAACCAGGGAGAGAAGAGCGAAGAAAGCGCAAGGAAGAAGAAAUGGAAUUUCAGGCGCAGGAUUAUGGGGAGGAUGAAACGCAGAGCCAAGCGGGAAGCUGUAUGUCAGGAGGCGCGUCAGGAGGCCAACCAACCGGCGCAACCACCGACGGAGUCAUCGACGCACGACCCUGAUAACCCGGUCCCCGAGGAAAACAAUUUCGUCAUAUACAAAGUUCCAAGGUACCUCAAAAAAAAAAACAUCAAGUGCCCCUUCGUGUACAGGAAGGUGUUUUUUGGCAAGUACGGAAUAAUAAAUUAUGAUUUGAAGGGAAACAAAAAAGGGACGCUCGUCAUCACAUUUCAUGGACUAAACGGAACAAACUUAACCUUCCUGGACAUACAAAAAACGCUAGUCAAACAUAAGUUCCAGGUUCUCAAUUUUGAUCUGUAUGGACAUGGAUUAUCUGCCUGCCCCAAAUAUAAUCACCGAAAGAAAACCUAUGGAAUAAAUUUUUUUCUGACUCAGACGGAGGAAUUGCUGAUCCAUUUAAAAUUACUACAUAAAGAUUUUUAUCUGAUAGGAUUUUCCAUGGGCUGUGUAAUUGCCAUCGGCUUUGCAAAGAAGUACAUAAAACAGGUGAAGAAAAUUAUUUUGAUAUCCCCUGUUGGUAUUUUGGAGAAAAAGCCUUUUCCCGUGAAGAUUCUAAAGUUGUUCCCCUGUCUGAUCAACAUUUCGUCCUUUUUUAUGUUGCCCUGUUUUAUUUCGAAGAAGAAUUUUAAGCGCGCUUCCAAGGGGGACUCCAAGGGUGUGCCCCAAGGUGCCUCCAGGAAGGGGUCACACAUGAGGGCGUCAAAAAGUGGCAACAAAGGUGACCACAAAAGUGACCCCAAAGAUGCGCCCGGCGAAUCGCUCAAGCAAGAUCCCCAAGACGACUCCGAUGACGACACGUCCGACUACCUGUACAACCGAAUCAUGUGGCAGGCGUUUGUGAAAAAAAAUAUCACGCACGCAAUACUGGGCUGCAUUAACAACUUAAAAAUGUGGAGCGCCCAUGACGUAUUCAAAGAAGUCGGACUUAAUCAUAUACCCGUUCUCAUUCUCUGUGGCGAGAAAGACAGCAUCUGUAGCGUCCACGUUUUCAAGAACACGUCCAAAUUUUUCAUCAAUUGCCACAUGAUAAUUUUUAGGAAUGCCUCCCACUUAGUUUUGGUCGAGAAGAGCAAAGAAAUUAACUCCUGUGUGUUGACCUUCUUCCACUUCCCCAACAACGCUGAUUUGAGGACCGUCCAUCAUAUGUUUCCGGUGGACACGCUGGGGAACUCGGUCCUUUACCAGCGGGACGACUUUUUCUGA